AUGAUGCUUCCUAAUGAUAAAAAUCUUUGUAAUGCUUCUUUACCUCCUGAUGUACUUAGCAACCUUCCUGAGAAUGUACUUGAUGACAUUCUUAUUCGUAUGCCCUUACGAGAUGCUGUGAGGUCAAGUAUCUUGUCGAAGAAAUGGAGAUAUUAUUGGUGCAGACUUCCUGAGUUAACGCUUGAUCAAACACUUUGGGAUACAACAGAUCAAUCAAUAUGCUUUGUAACUAGGUUAACAGACAUAAUUUACCACCUUUUGGCACUUCACGUCGGACCAAUUACAAAGUUUAUCCUCUCUGAUAUUGCUAAUCUUGGAAAUUACUCUAAAAUUGAUAACCUUGUAUUGUUCCUCUCUAAAAAUGGUAUUCAACAUCUUGUUCUUCAGUUCCCGAAGCAUAAACCAUACAAAUUGCCUUCUUCAUUUUUCACAUGUUCACGAAUGAGUCAUCUGAGUCUCCAUCAUUGUUCAAUUCAGCCUUUAUCUACCUUCACAGGAUUUAGUGAGUUAGUUAAACUUGAACUGUGUGAAGUCACAAUUUCCUCUGAAAUGCUUGGAAGUUUAAUCUCUCAUAGCCAGUUGCUCGAGAAGUUGGUACUGCAAAUCUCAAGUAUUUUAGACCACAUUCAAAUUGAUGCUCCAAAGUUGAAAUCCUUUGAUUUCACAGGCAACAUAGAGUUAAUAUCGUUAAAGAAAGUACCCUUUCUUUUGGAACUUUCACUUUUUAAUACAGUAGCACCAUCUCCGGAGAUAGGACAACAUGAUUUUACCAAGUAUUUUGAAUCUUUUCCUAAUCUUGAGCAUCUCCACUUGGAUUAUCUUAGUCUCCAGUUAUUGGCUGCAGGAUCAUAUGACAUAGCAGCAAAGCUUUCCUCUCCUCUCAAUGGUCUUAAAUGUCUUUGCUUAUCCGACAUUUGUUUGGAUGAAUUAGCUGAGCUUUCGCCUGCUCUUUGCUUGAUAAGAAGCUCCCCAUAUUUGCAGGAUAUUCAAAUAAAGAUUGAUAAUGUGGAGUUGCUACCUGUGCCCGAUGAUGUUGUUAAUGAAAUUCCUUCAAGUUUCUCAGAUGUGACAUUGCGUCACCUCAGGUCUGUUAAGUUUGAAGGUAUUACAGGCAAAAGGCCUGAAAUGGAGCUUGUCAAGCUUCUGUUAGCUAAGUCUCCGAUGCUUGUGAGAAUGCAAAUCCAGCCAGACAUAGAAAAUGGAUCUGUUGAAACAAGACUGAAGGUACUUACAGAGAUAACAAAGUUUCCGAGGGCAUCACCUAAAGCACAAGUUGACUAUAACAGUGGUGUUUGA